AUGUCGUCAGCAGGUGUGAUCGUCUUGGGGCCGAUCCCAGAAGACCCUGCCUUCCUGCCCAUCUGCUUCAAUGGCAGCCGGUCGCCACACUGCUCGUCUGGGUCACAGCUGCAGGAUUCCAUUCUUAUUUUCCUUGCUGUGCCUGGUAUGCCACCCAUGCCCAUGAGCGUGCUGGGAUCCGAGUCCAUUGCCUCGGUCAAGCUGCGCAUCCAGCGGUUCAAGGGCUUUGUGGUGACGAAGCAGCGGCUUGUGCUGGAUGGGCAUGAGCUGGCAAGAAACAACUGCCCAGUCAAGGAUUAUGGGCUGGCCGAGGGAAAUGUUCUCCACCUUGUUAUUCGGCUGUCUGAUCUCCGUGUGAUCAACAUUGAGACUGCCACUGGAAAGAAGUUUCAGUUUCAGGUGGACCAGAGCCGCAAUGUUAAGUUUCUCAAGAACAAGCUUGCAGCAGAGGGUGAUGAGGAUAUUGGUAAUCUUGAGGAUCACAAACUUGAAUACGAUGGUGAGGAGCUUGAGGACCACCAGCUUGUAGCUGAUAUUAGCAAGAGGGAUGAUGCUGUGAUUCAUUUGUUCAUCCGCAGACCAGCAAAGGUACGGACACAACAAGUUGACAGAGAUACUUUGGUUACAGUUGUCAAUCCACAGGAGAAAGGCAACCUGCAAAAUGAAGCUCGUGCAAUGAACUCCGCAAAAUCAGUUGGGGUUAGGCCUGCUCCUGUUGAACCAAUAGUUAACCGAAAAGCAAAGCUGUCACCUGAAGUGAUGGAGAUGAUAAAUUCAACCAUAGCUGGACUGGAGAAAGGGCACCUGCCUGUGAUGUCAGCUGAAGGUUCAGGAGGUGUUUAUUUCAUGCGAGAUGCAGCAGGUGAGAAGAAUGUUGCUGUGUUUAAGCCUAUUGAUGAGGAACCCAUGGCCAAAAACAACCCAAGGGGCCUUCCUUUGUCCACAGAUGGCGAGGGGAUGAAGAGGGGAACAAUUGUAGGGGAAGGUGCAUUCAGGGAGGUUGCAGCUUAUAUUCUUGACCAUCCAGUUAGUGAUAGUAAAUCUGGUCACAGUGUAGGGUUUUCUGGUGUGCCUCCCACCACAUUGGUCCGAACCUUACAUAGGGGGAAGAGCUUCAAGAUUGGUUCACUGCAGAUGUUCAUGGAGAACAAUGGAAGCACUGAAGAUAUGGGUCCUCGACCUUUUCCUGUCAAGGAGGUUCACAAAAUAGCAGUACUAGAUAUUAGGUUAGCUAAUGCUGAUCGUCAUGCUGGGAAUAUUCUAGUGUGCAAGGAGGGAGAAGGUGGCAACUACAAGCUGAUUCCAAUUGAUCAUGGUUACUGCUUGCCAGAGAAGUUUGAAGAUUGUACAUUUGAGUGGCUUUACUGGCCCCAAGCCCGUGAGCCAUUCAAUGAUGAAACUAUUGAAUACAUUAAAUCACUUGAUGCUGAAGAAGACAUCAAGCUUCUCAAGUUCCAUGGGUGGGAGCUGCCUCCACGAUGCGCUCGUGUCCUGCGCAUCAGCACAAUGCUUUUGAAGAAAGGUGCAGCUCGUGGCCUCACACCACAUGACAUAGGGCGCAUACUAUGCAGGGGAACUGUGAAUAGGGCCUCUGAGAUUGAGGACAUCAUUCAGGAAGCAGAGGAUGCUGUUCUCCCAGGGUCCAGUGAAAACAUGUUCUUAGAAACUGUAUCUGAAAUCAUAGACCAUCACCUUGACAAGGAGUGA